AUGGCCACUGUGAGAAGUCAUGCAGAUAUUCCCUUUAUCCUUCAAGCUUGCCACCAAUCCUGUUUCAGAUGUGUAGGGAAGAGCCCACUGAACUGCACCGCCUGUGGGCCUUCCCAUGUGCUGCUGGAUGGGCAGUGCCUCUCCCAGUGCCCAGAUGGCUACUUCAGCCAGGAAGGUAACUGUACAGAAUGUCACCCAACCUGCAGGCAGUGCCAUGGACCACUGGACUCUGACUGCGACUCCUGCCACCCACAUGUCUCUCUCACCAACCGGACCUGCAGGACCCACUGUAGGGCCGAGCAGUUCCUCAACCUUGUAGGACACUGUGCUGACUGCCACCCUCUGUGCCAGCACUGUGCAGCAAAUCUUCACAAUACCGGGAGCCUCUGCCUGCAGUGCCAGAAUGCCCGCCACCUGCUGCUUGGGGACCACUGCAUUCCCAAUUGCCCUUCUGGAUACUACACGGAGCGGGGCACUUGUAAAAGAUGCCAUGCCUCCUGCAGAACCUGCCAGGGCAGAGGCCCUUUUUCCUGUUCCUCGUGUGAUGCUGGCCUCGUUCUUUCCCACAUGGGCACCUGCAGUGAAGCCUGCUUCCCGGGACACUAUCUCGAUGACAGCCAUGUCUGCCAGCCUUGCAGUCCACACUGUGGGAGCUGCGAUUCCCAGGCCAGCUGCACUUCCUGCCGAGAGCCCAGUAGGGUCCUGCUCUUUGGGGACUGCCAGUAUGAGCAUUGCGCCCCGCAGCACUACCUUGACUUCUCCACCAACAUGUGCAAAGAAUGUGACUGGAGUUGCAAUGCGUGCCACGGGCCUCUGAGCACAGACUGCUUGCAAUGCAUGGAUGGCUACGUCCUGCAGGAUGGGACAUGUGUGGAGCAGUGCUCGCCGGCGUUCUACCGGGACUCAGGCCUCUGCAAGAGCUGUGGCAACCACUGUCUCCAGUGCCAGGGACCCCAUGAGUGCACCCGCUGUGAAGGGCCGUUUCUCCUCCUGGAAGCCCAGUGUGUCCAGGAAUGUGAAAAGGGGUACUUUGCAGAUCACGCAAAGCACAGAUGCACUGCCUGUCCUCAGGGGUGCUUGCAGUGCAGCCAGAGGGACCGCUGUCACCUCUGUGACCACGGGUUCUUUCUGAAGAGUGGCAUUUGUGUUUUCAACUGUGUUCCUGGUUUCUCUGCCCACUCCUCUAAUGAAACCUGUGUUGGCAAAAUACACACCCCCAGUCUUCAUGUGAAUGGCUCCCUGACCCUCCCAAUCGGCUCCAUGAAGCCUCUGGACUUCUCCCUCCUGAAUGUCCAAGACCAGGAUGGCAGGGAUGAAGACCUCCUGUUUCAUAUUGUGAGCACGCCCACCAAUGGCCAGCUGGUGCUCUUGAGAAAUGGAAAAGAGGUUCAGCUGGAGAAGGCUGGCCAUUUUAGUUGGAAAGAUGUGAACGAGAAGAAAGUGCGUUUUGUGCACAGCAAAGAAAGGCUCAGGAAAGGUUACUUUUUCCUGAAAAUUAGUGACCAGCAGUUCUUCUCUGAGCCACAGCUGAUCAACAUACAAGCAUUUUCAACACAGGCCCCCUAUGUGCUGAGAAACGAGGUCCUCCACAUCAGCAGAGGAGAGAGGGGAACCAUCACCACCCAGCUGCUUGACAUUCGAGAUGAUGACAACCCUCAGGAUGUAGUCAUCGAAGUGCUUGAUCCUCCACGUCAUGGCCAGUUGCUUCAAACACUUCAGUCCCCAGCAGGCCCUGUCUAUCGGUUCCAGCUGGAUGAACUCUCUAGGGGCCUGCUCCACUAUGCCCACGAUGGCUCGGACAGCACGUCUGAUGAUGCAGUCUUGCAGGCUAGUGAUGGAUACUCCUUCCAAAAUAUACUUCUCCAUGUGAAGACUGUGCCUGAGAAUGACAGAGGUCUUCGGCUAGUGGCUAAUUCAGUGGUGUGGGUUCCAGAAGGUGGGAUGCUACAGAUUACCAACAGAAUCCUACAGGCCGAAGCUCUUGGUGUCAGCGCUGAAGAAAUCAUCUACGAAAUUACACAAGACCACCCUCAGUUUGGGGAGGUGGUUCUUCUGGUUAACAUGCCUGCAGACAGUCCCACAGAUGGAGGGCAGCACCUACCUGAUGGGAGGACAGCCACACCCACCAACACCUUCACCCAGCAGGACAUCAACGAAGGCAUCGUGUGGUACCGGCAUUCGGGAGCUCCGGCCCAGAGUGACUCCUUCCGCUUCCAGGUGUCCCGGGCCACUGACUCCCAGAUGCACCUGGAAAGCCGUGUGUUCAACAUUGCCAUCUUGCCCCAAGCGCCUGAAGCACCUGCGCUCUCACUGGAAGCCUCGUUCCAUAUGACUGCUCGAGAAGAUGGACUGACUGUUAUUCAGCCUCAUUCCCUCUUCCCUGUAAACUCCGAGAAGCCAAGUGGAACGAUUAUAUACAAUAUCACUCUGCCUCUGCCUCCAAAUCAAGGUACCAUCGAGCACAGGGACCAGCCGCACUCUCCUAUCCGGCAUUUCACACAGGAGGAUGUCAACCAGGGCAAAGUCUUGUACCGCCCUCCCGCUGCGGCCCCUCACCUCCAGGAGCUCAUGGCCUUUUCCUUCGCUGGUCUCCCAGAAUCAGUGAAAUUCCAUUUCACAGUUUCAGAUGGAGAGCACACAAGCCCAGAGAUGGUCCUCACGAUUCACUUACUCCCCACUGAUGGUCAGCUGCCCGUGUUCCAGGUCUCAGCUCCACAGCUUGUGGUCAGCCGAGGAGGCAGCACCUCUGUAGGACUCCGGCUGGUAGUGAGGGAUGCCGAGACAAUAGCCGAGGACCUCUCCUUUGAGCUCCAGAAGCCUCCACAGCAUGGGGUGCUCCGUAAGCACCUGGCUGAUUCCUCAAGGCCCAUGGCCACAGGUGACACCUUCACCUAUGAGGAUAUUGAGAAAAACACUCUGCAGUAUAUACACGAUGGUUCCCCGGCCCAGGAAGAUGGCAUGGAGAUCUUGGUCACAGAUGGCAUCACAGUGACAACCUUAAAAGUGAGAGUGGAGGUGUCACCAUCAGAGGGCCUCGGGCCUCGGCUGGCUGCAGGUUCCUCUCUGAGCCUCACUGUGGCUAGUAGAAGCACAGCCACCAUCACCAGGUCACACCUCGCCUAUGUGGAUGAUUCUUCCCCCGACCCAGAGAUCUGGAUUCGGUUAAGCUCUGUGCCCAUGUAUGGUAUUCUCUUAAGAACCUUAGGACCUGAGAUGGAAGAACUCUCAGAAGUUUCCAAUUUCACAAUGGAAGACAUCAACAACAAGAAAAUUAGGUAUUCAGCUGGGUUUGAAACGGACGGUCAUCUGGUUAUUGAUAGCUUCCAUUUCUCUGUCUCUGACAUGGACCACAACCAUCUGGACAAUCAGAUGUUUACCAUCAUGGUCACUCCUGUUGAAAACCCACCUCCAGUCAUUGCUUUUGCUGACCUUAUCACGGUUGAUGAGGGAGGGAGAGCCCCACUCUCAUUUCACCAUUUCUUCGCUACGGAUGAUCAUGAGAACCUUCAGGGAGAUGCCAUCAUUAAACUGAGUGUUCUGCCCAAGUAUGGCUGUAUUGAGAACACAGGAACAGGUGACCGUUUUGGCCCUGAAGUUACCAGUGACCAGGAGGCAUCAUUCCCUAUUCAAGAUGUCCUGGAAAACUACAUCUACUACUUUCAGAGUGUUCAUGAAAGCAUUGAGCCAACCCAUGAUAUUUUCAGUUUUUAUGUGAGUGAUGGAACCAGUCGUUCAGAAAUUCACAGCAUCAAUAUCACCAUUGAGAGAAAGAAUGAUGAGCCUCCCAGGAUGACCUUGCGGCCCCUCUGGGUACAGCAGAGCUCAGGAGUGGUGAUAAGCAAUUCUUCUUUGAGCCUGCAAGACCUGGACACUCCAGAUGAUGAGCUGAUUUUUGUACUGACAAAAGAGCCUGACCACGGUCAUCUUCUCAGGAGGCAAGCUGCCUCCGAGCCUCUGGAGAAUGGGACAGUUUUGGCUCAGGGUGCCUCCUUCACCUACCAGGAUGUCCUGGCCGGGCUGGUCGUAUAUAUGCCUGGGGGCCCCAGCAUGGUUGUGGAUGAAUUCCAGUUCUCCCUCACCGAUGGCCUCCAUGUGGAUGCAGGGAGAGUGGAGGUCUACAAGGAAUUGCCCAUCAGUGAUAUGCCCCGCUUGGCUGUGAACCGAGGCCUGCAACUUUCAGCAGGGUCUGUAGCACGCAUCACAGAACAGCACUUGAAAGUGGCAGAUACUGACUCCAAUGACCACCGAGUUUUGUAUAUUCUGAAGGAAGAUCCUGGUGCAGGGCGCCUGCAGAUGGUCAAGCGUGACAGCCUGGAGCAAAUCUCCAUUAAGGGCCCAGUCCGAAGCUUCUCCCAGGCAGACAUCAGCAAAGGGCAAGUCGAAUACAGUCAUGGAAUAGGAGAACCUGGUGGGAGCUUUGCUUUUAAAUUUGAUGUGGUUGAUGGAGAAGGCAACAGAUUGAUUGACCAGUCAUUUUCCAUCAGUGUUUUAGGAGCCAAAUCCCCACCAGUCAUCGUCACCAAUGAAGGGCUGGUCUUGGAUGAAAACUCAGUGAAGAAGAUCACUACCCUGCAGCUGUCUGCUACUGACCAGGACAGUGGGCCUGCAGAGUUGAUCUUCAGGAUCACCAGACAGCCCCAGCUAGGGCACUUGGAACAUGCAGCAUCGCCAGGUAUCCAGAUUAGUUCCUUUACUCAAGCUGACCUGACUUCGCGAAAUGUUCAGUACAUUCAUUUCAGUGAGACUGAGGAACACACAGAUGCCUUCAGCUUUGCACUGUCUGAUGGAAUCAACGAGGUGACUCAGACCUUCCAUAUCACCAUUCGCCCUGUGGAUGAUUCAUUGCCCAUUGUGCAGAAUGCUGGGAUGCGGGUGCAGGAGGGUGUGAGGAAGACCAUCACAGAGUUUGAGCUCAAGGCGAUGGAUGCAGACACAGAGGCCGAGUCUGUGACAUUCACCAUUGUGCAGCCCCCGCGCCAUGGUGCCAUUGAGCGAGCCGCAAAAGGGCAGCAUUUCCACCUUGCCUCCACCUUCACCAUGGAAGACAUCUACCAGAACAGGGUCAGCUACAGCCAUGAUGGUAGCAACUCCCUCAAGGACUGGUUCACCUUCACUGUUUCUGAUGGGACAAACCCCUUCUUUAUCAUUAAGGAAGGAGGAAAAGAGAUUAUGACAGCAGCACCUCAACAGUUCCGAGUAGACAUCCUCCCAGUAGAUGAUGGCACCCCUAGAAUUGUCACCAACCUGGGGCUCCAGUGGCUGGAAUAUAUGGAUGGCAAGGCAACCAACCUGAUCACCAAGAAGGAACUGCUGACUAUGGACCCAGACACUGAGGAUGCACAGCUUGUCUAUGAGAUAACGACGGCCCCCAAGCAUGGCUAUGUAGAGAACAAGCUGCAGCCUGGCAGAGCUGCCGCCACGUUCACCCAGGAGGAUGUGAACUUGGGAUUGAUUCGUUACAUGCUGCGUGAGGAGAAGAUCCAUGAAAUGAUGGAUAGUUUUCAGUUUCUGGUGAAAGAUAGUAAACCCAAUGUGGUCAAUGACAACAUCUUCCAUAUCCAGUGGUCCCUCAUCAGCUUUAAAUAUACCAGCUACAAUGUCAGUGAGAAGGCGGGGUCUGUCAGUGUCACGGUGCAGAGGACUGGGAACCUGAACCAGUAUGCCAUCGUCCUGUGUCGCACUGAACAAGGCACUGCCAGCUCCAGCUCCAGGGCUAGCUCCCGCCCUGGACAGCAGGACUACGUGGAGUAUGCUGGUCAGGUGCAGUUUGAUGAGCGAGAGGAUACCAAGUCCUGUACCAUUGUCAUCAACGAUGAUGAUGUGUUUGAGAAUGUCGAGAGCUUCAUUGUGGAGCUCAGCAUGCCAGCUUAUGCCCUGCUGGGGGCGUUCACCCGGGCUAAGGUCAUAAUCAAUGACACUGAGGAUGAACCCACCUUAGAGUUUGACAAGAAGACCUACCGGGUCAACGAGAGUGCUGGUUUUCUAUUUGCACCUAUUGAAAGAAAAGGAGACUCAAGCAGCAUAGUAUCUGCCAUUUGCUACACGGUUCCUAAGUCAGCUAUGGGAAGUAGCCUCUAUGCCCUAGAAUCAGGCUCUGAUUUUAAAUCUCGAGGGAUGUCUGCUGAAAGCCGUGUGAUAUUUGGGACUGGUGUCACCAUGUCUACUUGUGACAUCAUGCUCAUUGAUGACAGUGAAUAUGAAGAGGAAGAGGAGUUUGAGAUUGCCCUGGCAGAUGCUUCUGACAAUGCCCGCAUUGGAAGGGUGGCAACGGCCAGGGUGUUCAUCAGUGGUCCCAAUGAUGCCUCCACCGUGUCCCUGGGCAACACAGCUUUCACUGUCAGUGAGGAUGCAGGCACAGUGAAGAUUCCAGUUAUCCGCCAUGGUACUGACCUUUCUACUUUCACAUCUGUCUGGUGUGCAACGCGGCCCUCAGAUCCAGCUUCUGCCACUCCAGGAGUUGACUAUGUUCCUAGCUCCAAGAAAGUGGAGUUUGGGCCUGGCAUCACAGAACAGUAUUGCACCUUGACUAUCUUGGAUGACACUCAGUAUCCAGUAAUUGAAGGACUGGAGACAUUUGUGGUUUUCCUCAGCUCUGCGCAAGGGGCCGAACUGACCAAACCCUUCCAGGCUGUCAUUGCAAUUAAUGACACCUUCCAAGAUGUGCCCAGCAUGCAGUUUGCCAAGGACUUGCUCCUGGUGAAGGAGAAGGAGGGCAUACUCCAGGUGCCCAUCACCCGAAGCGGAGACCUGAGCUAUGAAUCAUCAGUGAGGUGCUACACGCAGAGCUAUUCAGCUCAGGCUGCCAAGGACUUUGAGGAGAGGUGGAAUGCAGACUCCUCCCGGAUUACAUUUCUGAAAGGAGAAAAAGUGAAGAACUGUACUGUCUAUAUCCAUGAUGACUCCAUGUUUGAGCCAGAGGAACAGUUCAGAGUCUACCUUGGCCAUCCUCUGGGAAACCACUGGAGUGGAGCUAGAAUUGGAAGGAACAACAUGGCCACCAUCACCAUAUCCAAUGACGAAGAUGCCCCCACCAUUGAGUUUGAAGAAGCUGCAUACCAAGUCCGGGAACCCGCAGGGUCGGAUGCCGUUGCAGUUCUGAACAUCAAGGUGAUCCGCAGAGGGGACCAGAACAGGACUUCCAAGAUCCGCUGCAGCACGCGGGAUGGGUCUGCCCAGUCUGGUGUGGAUUAUUACCCCAAGAGCCGUGUCUUGAAGUUUAGUCCUGGUGUGGAUCACAUCUUCUUUAAAGUCGAGAUCCUGUCCAAUGAAGACCGGGAAUGGCAUGAAUCUUUCUCUCUGGUCCUUGGCCCCGAUGACCCGGUGGAAGCAGUUCUCGGGGAUGUAACUACAGCCACAGUGACAAUUCUAGACCAAGAGGCGGCAGGGAGCCUCAUCUUGCCAGCGCCACCCAUUGUGGUCACGCUUGCUGACUAUGACCAUGUAGAAGAAGUCACCAAGGAAGGUGUGAAGAAGGCCCCCUCCCCAGGCUACCCGCUAGUGUGUGUCACUCCCUGUGACCCCCGUUUCCCCAGGUAUGCCGUCAUGAAGGAGCGCUGUAGCGAGGCCGGCAUCAACCAGACAUCCGUGCAGUUCAGCUGGGAGGUGGCUGCCCCCACCGAUGGCAGUGGUGCCCGCUCUCCCUUUGAAACCAUCACUGACAACACACCAUUCACCAGCGUCAACCACAUGGUCCUGGAUAGCAUUUACUUCAGCCGGAGGUUCCAUGUGCGUUGUGUGGCAAAAGCUGUGGACAAAGUGGGCCAUGUGGGGACGCCCUUACGGAGCAACAUUGUUACCAUUGGAACAGACAGUGCUAUCUGCCACACUCCUGUGGUGGCUGGGACAUCCAGAGGCUUCCAGGCUCAGUCUUUCAUCGCAACCUUGAAAUACCUGGACGUCAAACACAAGGAGCAUCCAAACAGGAUCCACAUUUCAGUGCAGAUCCCACACCAGGAUGGGAUGCUGCCCCUCAUCUCCACCAUGCCACUGCACAACUUGCAUUUUCUGUUGUCCGAGUCCAUCUACAGACACCAGCACGUCUGCUCCAACUUAGUCACCACCCAUGACCUGAGGGGUAUCUCAGAGGCAGGCUUCCUGGGUGACACAGGCUAUGACAGCACCGCCCUGGGGCCUGGUUAUGACCGCCCCUUUCAGUUUGACCUCAGCGUACGGGAGCCAAAGACCAUCCAGCUCUACAGACACCUGAACCUCAAGAGCUGUGUGUGGACCUUCGAUGCCUACUAUGACAUGACCGAACUGAUCGACGUCUGCGGGGGCUCCGUGACUGCUGACUUCCAGGUGAGAGACUCUGCGCAGUCAUUCCUGACAGUGCACGUGCCUUUGUAUGUCUCCUACAUCUACGUGACAGCCCCCAGGGGCUGGGCCUCCCUGGAGCACCAUACCGAGAUGGAGUUCUCCUUCUUCUACGACACUGUUCUCUGGAGAACAGGAAUCCAAACAGACAGUGUGCUCUCUGCAAGACUUCAGAUAAUAAGAAUCUACAUUCGCGAGGACGGCCGUCUUGUCAUUGAAUUCAAGACCCAUGCCAAAUUCAGAGGACAGUUUGUGAUGGAGCACCACACUCUCCCAGAUGUGAAAUCCUUCAUCUUGACUCCAGACCACUUAGGAGGAAUCGAAUUUGACCUGCAGCUGUUGUGGAGUGCUCAAACAUUUGAUUCUCCGCACCAGCUCUGGAGAGCGACAAGCUCUUAUAACAGGAAAGACUAUUCGGGGGAGUACACCAUCUACCUGAUCCCCUGCACAGUACAGCCCACGCAGCCAUGGGUCGACCCUGGAGAGAAGCCUCUGGCCUGUACUGCACACGCCCCGGAAAGGUUUCUGAUACCCAUUGCAUUCCAGCAGACCAACCGCCCCGUGCCGGUCGUGUAUUCACUCAACACUGAGUUUCAGCUCUGCAAUAACGAGAAGGUGUUCCUGAUGGAUCCCAAUACAUCGGAUAUGUCACUGGCAGAAAUGGAUUACAAAGGAGCCUUCUCGAAAGGUCAAAUUCUUUAUGGCCGAGUACUUUGGAAUCCAGAACAAAAUCUUAAUUCUGCCUACAAACUCCAGCUGGAGAAAGUCUAUCUCUGUACUGGCAAGGAUGGCUACGUGCCUUUCUUUGAUCCUACGGGAACUAUCUAUAAUGAAGGACCACAGUAUGGAUGCAUUCAGCCAAACAGACACCUCAAACACAGAUUCCUGCUGCUGGACCGUAGUCAGCCAGAGGUGACAGAUAAAUAUUUCCAUGAUGUGCCUUUUGAGGCUCACUUUGCUUCGGAGUUGCCUGAUUUCCACAUGGUCAGCAGCAUGCCAGGUGUGGAUGGAUUCACUCUGAAAGUAGAUGCACUCUAUAAGGUGGAAGCAGGUCACCAGUGGUACCUCCAGGUGAUCUACAUCAUCGGCCCUGACACCAUCUCAGGCCCCCGGGUCCAGCGCUCCCUCACAGCCCCUCUGAGGCGCAACCGAAGGGAUCUGGUGGACCCCAGUGGCUGGCUGAUCCUUGAUGAUUCCCUCAUCUAUGAUAAUGAAGGAGACCAAGUCAAGAAUGGCACCAAUAUGAAAUCCCUGAACCUGGAGAUGCAAGAGCCAGUGGUGGCCGCGUCUCUGUCCCAGACCGGGGCAUCUAUCGGCAGUGCCCUUGCCGCUAUCAUGCUUCUACUUCUGGUGUUCUUGGUGGCUUGUUUCAUCACCAGGAAAUGUCAGAGGCAGAGGAAGAAACAGCCCAUGGGGAACUUUUUGGAGGCAUACCCUCUGAAUACUAAGGUGGAUGUGCCCAAGCGGCACCUGGACAGGGUGGAGAAGAAUGUAAACAGACAGUACUGCACGGUGCGCAAUGUCAACAUCCUGAGCGAAGCUGAGGGGGCAUGUGCAUUCAAAGGUGCUAAAGUAAAAAGGUUGAACCUGGAGGUCAGAGUUCACAACAAUUUACAAGAUGGAACAGAAGUGUAACCGGGAAGACCUAUGUGUAUUUUUUCCUAAAAAUCAUUUUUAUAAAACGGGGAGAAAUGCUGGUAUUUUUAUAGUCUUGCAGAUAAAAAAAGGGAAAACUAUAGCUUUGAGUGGCGGACGGCACACAUCACAUGCAUCAACUCACAACUGAGCUACCUCAUUAACAAAGAUCCACCGAGACCCCAGAGUAAUGGAAGAGAUUGAUUUCUGUGGAUCCUGGCAAUCAUCUCAGCAGCUAUCAACAGUUCCUUCUGGAAGGCUGAUCUUAGAAAGCAUUUUGGGGUUAGGACAGGAGUUAGGAAGGCUGGUGAUGGAAUUUGGAGGAUCCGGAGUGUCCCAGGGCAGGGCAAAGAGAGUAGGCACAGGCUUCGGGAUUCCUUUCCAACCCGAA